AUGUCAAAAGUAUCUUCCUCUACCAACCAAAACAAUCUGUCAACUACCUCAAAAACCAUUCCUUCUAACUAUGAAGAAUAUUUGAAAAUUCAAAAAGCCCAUAGAGAUCGUCAAGAUGAACAACUCGAUCGAUUGUACAAUUCCGUGGUAAGAGUCAAGAAUAUUGCCACAGCAAUAGGUAAUGAAUUGGAUGAUCAAACAACAACCCUCGAAGAAAUUGAAGAAGGUGUAGAAAAGGCCUCUUUCAAACUCAAACAAAAUAAUAAGAAGUUGGACAAGUUGAAUGGAGAAAGUUCAAAAUCCUCGUCAUCCUCUUCUUUCUCCCUCUUUGGAUGGUUGUGGUAA